AUGGCGCCCUCAUCCCCACGCAAAUACUCAAUACCCCGCCUCCUCGCCCUCGGCGUCGCCUUCCACCUCAUCUACAUCGCCUCCGUCUUCGAUUGUUAUUUCACCUCGCCUAUCGUGCAUGGAAUGAAGCCGCAUAGAGUCCCGCUUGCGAGGGCGCCUGCGAAGAGGCUUGUGCUUAUCGUUGGCGACGGCCUCCGCGCCGACUUCCUCUUUCACACAAACGCCACCUCCCUCGUCCCCGACCCCACAGUCCCAGAACGCGUAGCACCGUUUCUGAGAGAUGUGGUCGAGAGGAGGGGAGCGUGGGGGGUUUCGCAUACGAGGGUUCCGACGGAGAGUAGGCCGGGGCAUGUUGCUGUUAUUGGUAAGUUUUUUUUUGGUUUUGGUUUUUGGUUUGUGAGGGGGUGGUGGAGGGAUGUGGAGAGGGGGGUGGGGGUGGAGAGGGAGAGGGAGGUGGUUUGUGGCGAGGUGGAGAUGGAGGGUGGGAUGUACGAGGAUGUAUCGGCUGUGACCAAGGGCUGGAAAACGAACCCCGUCACAUUCGACUCCCUCUUCAACCAAUCCUCACACACAUUCUCCUUCGGCUCUCCCGAUAUCCUGCCUAUGUUUGCGCAUGGAGCGACGCCAGGGAAGGUGAGGACGUGGUGUUAUGAUGAGAGGGAUGAGGAUUUUACGAAAGCCCCAGCUCCGAGCUCUGAACUCAACGUAUCUAUCAAUCUCGAACUGACCACCUCCCUCCCUUCCCUCCCUCUCCCCUCCCCUCCCCUCCCCCCUCCCCACCCCAAAUCAGACGCAACCUCCCUAGACCUCUGGGUCCUCUCCCAACUCCGCACCCUCCUCCAAAACGCGACCACCGACGCACGAUUGGAUAGGGAGUUGAGAGCCGACGGUGUCGUUUUCUUUUUGCAUCUUUUGGGGUUGGAUACGACGGGGCAUGCGUGGAGGCCUUUUUCGAAGGAAUACAUGAAUAACAUCCGCGUCGUCGAUUCGAUCGUCCGACAGACGGAGGAACUGCUCGAGGAGUUUUAUGCAGCGGACGACUUUGAGGGCGAAUACACGGCGGCUAAGGGAAAGGGAGCAGGAAAGGGAAAGAGCAGGACGAGUUACAUAUUUACCGCGGAUCAUGGGAUGAGCGUCAUUGGGAAUCAUGGAGAUGGGGAUCCAGAUAACACGCGGACCCCGCUCAUAGCAUGGGGUGCGGGCGUCCGGGGACCUAUCCAUCUUCCCUCUCAUUCCACCUCCCAAGUCCCCCAUGCCAAUGAAGUGGAUGAAUACUCAGCCCCCUGGGCCCUCUCGCACCUGCACCGCCAAGACGUCGAACAAGCAGACAUAGCGGCACUCAUGAGCGCGUUGUUGGGCGUGCCGUGGCCUGUUAAUUCGGUCGGGGUGUUGCCGGAGGUUAGGAGGGGGGUGCUUGAGUCGAGGUUGGGCGAUGCGACGAGCGGAGGGGUGGGAGAAGGAGUGGGAGAAGGGGUGGGAGGGUAUUUGGAUCUGGGGGAAGCGGGGCUCGCGGGUGUGGGGUGGACGAAUGCGAAGGUCAUCUUGGAGCAUUAUCGCGUUAAACAUGAACUCAAACGAUCGCAUGUAUUGUUCUAUAAACCAUACAAGCCGCUCUCCUCUCCCUCUUUCCCGCCUCCCUCUCCGCUCUCGCCCUCGUCAUCCCCACCCUCGUCCUCAUCCUCGUCGCAACCAGGCGAACCCCACCUCCUAGAAAUCGAACGGCUCAUCGAAGCGGGCGAGUUCAUGCAGAGCAGACGAAAAAGCGCGGAGUUGAUCGAGUUGGCGUUGGAGGGGAUACGGUAUUUGGAGACGUACGACCGGACGCUCAUAAGGACGAUGGUCAGUUUCGCGUAUACGGGCUGGAUGGCGUUCGCCGCGCUUUUCAUCCUUGCGCCGAGGGGUUCAUCGUCAUCGUCUUCUACCCCUUCACGAUCCCCUGUUGCCGCGACGACCACAACACGGUCAUCGAAAGCAGAACCGUCAUCUACCGACCUUUCAAUAUCCCCGCAACCUUCCUCAACCACCUCUAUCUCCCCAGAACCCUCGUCGACCCCAAUAUCCACCUCCACCCUCCUCUCCUCCGCGGUCCUAACCGCCUUCUGGGCCCUGUUCGCGAUGCAGAAAAGUCCGUGGACAUUCUAUAUUUACGUUGCCUUUCCGGUUUAUUUCUGGGGAUGUGUCAUUGGCGAGGUUUGGGCGUUUUCGGGCGGGCGGGUGGGUGGGGCGAGGACGGCAGAAAAGGAGAAGGAAGGGACGGGGAAGGAAGCGACAAGGAUGGGUGGGGUACGAGGUGGAGAUGUGGUGCGGUGGGUGGCUGGGAUUAUCGGCGUGGCCGUUUCGUUGCAAAGCAUGGUCUACGGCUACACCCACCGCGAGAUCUGGUCCCUCGGCUUCCUCGUCAUCGGCGUCCUAUGGCCUUUAUUGUCCUGGCCCCGCACAAUGUGGACGACGACGACGCGGAAGAGAGUGUUGGGUGCGGCGUGGAUGGGCGCGUGUGUGCUGACGGGGGUGUUUCCGCUGUUGAGAGUCGAUCCGAGGGAGGGCUUGGGGGCUAUAAUGAGCGGCGGGAUAUGCAUGUUGCUGGCAUAUCUGAUAUGUGCGAUAUUCGUGCUCCCUAGGACGGGUCGCCCGAAUGUGGAGACGAGGAGUUUAUUGGAUUUUCAGUUGGUCCUCUUGCUGGCGAGCAUGGCGGUGACGGCGAGUUCGGUGAGGAAUUUGAGGGCGAAGAGAGGAUUGCCGGUUACGAAUCAGUUGAGUGGGUGGAUCGUGUUGGCCACCUCGCUCCUCUACCCGCCCGUACGCUUCCUCACCGGCAACCGCACCGGCACCCACAUCUCCGCCGAAUGCAAACUCCUGAUCUAUUUCCUCACGUUUUGUCCGCUCUUCGUGUUGUUGAGUAUAAGAGCGGAGGGCCUAUUCUAUGUCUGUUUUUGUGUGGUCUUGGGGCUUUGGGUGGCCGUUGAGGAUUGUCUUCGGAAGGAUAAUGAUGGUGGUGUGGGUGUGAGUGGAGUCGGGGAGAGCGAGGAUGGAAAGGGGGUGAGGACGACGGCUGAGAGGGAGGGAAGGGAAGGGAAAGGGAAGGGGAUGAGGGAGAAGGGUGAGGGUGGGCGUGGGUGGAACCCGAUGGGGCUGCGAGGCGACGACGUGCGGAUCGCGAUGUUUUUCUUGUUUUUCGUGCAGGUUGGGUUUUUCGGGACUGGGAAUGUAGCGUCAAUAUCAUCGUUCUACCUCGAACCCGUAUAUCGCCUCGUACCCAUCUUCAAUCCUUUCCUUAUGGCUUCCCUCCUCAUCCUCAAAAUCCUCGCGCCGUACGUGAUCCUCUCCGCCGUGUUCGCAACACUAAACGCACGGCUGGGUAUGCCGCCGUUCGCGUUGUUCUUGGUCGCGCUUACGAUGACGGAUGGCAUGACCCUAACCUUCUUCUUCAACGUGACCGACACCGGCUCCUGGCUCGAGAUCGGACAGUCCAUCUCAUAUUUCUGUAUCACGAGUUUGUUGUUGGUGUUUUCGGGCGGGAUAGCGGCGGCGGGGAGGGUGCUUAUGGGGGAUAGUUUGGGGUUGGAGGGGGAGGGGGAGGGGGAUGUGGUGAGGGAUGAUAGUGAGAGAAGAGGGGGCGAGAAGAGGACAGAGUGA